CCCGGCACAGCGCGAGCGGCUGGGCCUCGCAAUUAGCGCCACAAACACGCCCGCCGAGGCCGCCGGGCAGCGCGCACGCACCACGUACGCCCACCGUAGCACGCGCCGAGAGCAGCUCCCGCGAAGGGCAGCCCACCGACGCAACGAUGGAGUCCAUAUACAACCUCGUCCCCGAGGAGUACGACCCGGUAAAAUUCGGGGACAAGGGGCCCAUGUACCGUAGUCGCUAUGAUCCCAAGGCCGGCGUGACUGGCUCUACGUUCAACACGCAUGGUUCUACGAAGGUGUUGGGCGCCGGCGAAGCCGUGAGGAAGGCUUCAGGCACGAUGGGCCGAAGGACGGAACGACCGGACCCGAAUGACUAUCUGAAGGGCCAGACGAAGUGCAAGAAAGUAUCGUCACGAGUGGACGUCCAGAAAUUUGAUCGACCCAUUGGUACACGCAAGGAACCCGUGCCGCGACCGCACGAGCGACCGGUCCUAGGCCUCCACACGGCCAAGAACUUCGUCACGGCGAACGCCGUCGAGGCCAUCCUCCAGGUCCCCGCUGUUAGAUAUUCAGAGGAACCAGAUUACAUGGCCAAGCAAGACUAUGGUAAAGUGCCGGCAUACUUAUCCCAGGUCAAGGAGGAGAUCAAGAGAGAAAACGAGAUGAUCGACCAGUACGUGCAAGAACAGAUGGGCCUGGCCGGCCACGCCGUCGAGGAUCCGGGCGUCGAGAUGGAUCCGGAAGAGCGCACGGAAAUAAUCUUAGCUCUCAAAAAGAAGUGGGACCACACGAACCGCCAGUACCAGCUCUGCACGCACAAGGUCGACUUCCCGUCCUUCGGCGACAAGGCCCGGAAGCGCGGCCUCGAGGACACGCUCAAGCAGCUCGAGAGCGACAUCGCCAAGCUCGAGAAGCCCGCGCCCAUCUUCGUGAAGCGCUACUAGAGUUGGCUGAUGGGCUAAGUAUGUUUCUCAUU